CUUAUCAGUUCUGUUCAAUGGGAUUGAUUUGUAUAAAGCUUCAGUUUGGAGAUGAUAUCUUCACAACAACACAAACAAAGGAAGAGUCAAGACGUCUAAAAUGUUCAAAGCAUGGAAAUUUUUGCUAGCUUUUGGGCUGAUGGCCGAGGUGAGAGGUUGCAUGGGCGCAGCUAUCGGCAGCACAAAAGUUGUAGUUUGCCAGUACAAUAGUUGGGCGCCGUACAGAACCGCACCUGGCAAUUUUACCGCCUCGAUGAUCGACCCUAAUUUGUGCACCCACGGCGCCUAUGAAUUCGCUUCUUACAAUCCCUUGAACGACGAAAUCUCGCACUCAAACCUGCACGAUCUAGAUUCUGAGGACGGAAAGGCUGGAGGCUACAGACAAAUGGUUGAGCUGAAACUGAAAAAUCCUAAUUUUAAGCCCAUGCUUGGCAUUGGUGGCGCUGGAGCAGGAAGAGAUGCAUUUACUGAGAUGGCAGCAAGUCCAACGAGACGUGCAGUUUUCACACAAAACGUGAUCGCCUUCCUAAAGUUACACAAUUUUGAAGGUCUCGAGUUUGAUUGGGUUUCGCCAGUUUACCUCGAAACAAUGGCGAGUUUUGGCACGUUGUUGAGUGAGAUGAGAGUGGAAUUUGAUAAGGAAGGCUUGGUCUUGAGCGCCAGCUUGCAAGCCGUUCCCUAUGUUAACACCGGCUUGGACGUUAUCUCAAAUGCCUGCCACUUUGUUGUUCUGAUGACCUACGACUACAACGGGCCAUGGUGGUUGGUCACAGCCAACUCGGCGCCUCUUUACGGUUGGGGCUACUAUAACGUCAAUACGUCCGUCUAUGAGCAUAUCAAGUAUCAGGUGGAUCCAGCGAAAAUUGUACUCAGUGUCCCUGCUUAUGGCAGAAGCUACACCCUAGUCGACCCUGACAGCCACACUUUGGGUUCAAAGGCCUCAGCUCCCGGCGCCGCCGGCCCUUAUACAAGAACACCAGGCUGGAUUAGUUUCAAUGAGCUUGCUGAAGAUAUUGAGAAUUGGACGACUGAAAGAGACCCUUCAAGUUUAUCACCUUAUUCUUAUAAAGGGGACCAGUGGGUUUCCCAUGAUGAUGAAAUUUCUACUAAAGCAAAGGUUGAAUAUGUGAAUUCGAUGGGAUUGGCUGGCGUUGCAAUGUGGUCGGUGGACGAGGACAAUUUCUUCGAAAACUUCACUCUGCUGAAAACUAUUAACCAAUGGCUCAACUGAAGUUAGAAGCCGUUUAAUUUAAUCCUUGUACGAAAACUAAUUUAUUUUAUUUUCUCAAUUUGUGACAAUCUUGUAAACUAUAAAAUAAAAUUAUGCAUAAAGUUUAAUACACUUA